CUCCUGUCAUAAUCCGGCACUCAGACCACUACUGAACACUUUCCCUUUUGGUCACUUUCAGGUCUUCUUUCCCUUGAUCAGCCUUAGACUCCUUAACUUUUCCUUUCCCUUUCUUCAUUAAUCUACUGUAUUGAUAAUUUUAGGCUCUGGAAUGGCAGACUUUUGUUUCCAAACGGGAAGAACCAGGACUGACUUUGGAUUUCCUCAUCCUCCAUUGUUUGGCUUUAUUUAUUUAAUUCAGCUUCCUCUUAAACUUGGAUUGCUUGCAAGCCUCUUUGCAUUCCUUCAUUUUCUUCUUCUCUUCCAAAUCCAUUUAAUUUGGAGAAAGUCUGGGCUACUCUCCUUUCUUUCUUUCUUUCUCUCUUUCUCCUUUUGUCUGCUUUUCUUUUUUUAAUCCUUUCUGUGUCUUUAUUGAGGAAGCUAUUUUAGAGACAAGGCUCAUGUUUCAGCAGAAAGAUACCAUUUUGGUUUGGCAUAAAUUAAAACAAGGGAGUAGUAAAAUGACAAACAAGAGCAAGAAACGGUGAAUCGAAAAGUAUGAAUGUCCUAAAGCCUGACGGCAUUGUCAAGUAACCCAAAUUACCAAAGAGUCCAAAAGAAGACUAGUUUGCUUGACUUGUGGGGAGAAAAGCAUCCGUAUCUCCUGAUGUCUCUCUUCUGACUCCCAAGAGCCAAAGCGCCCCCUUUCACCCUCCACCCGCAGGGCAUCGCUGUUGAGAUGAGGACUUCAGAAGAGCAGUCGGCCACGACAGUUUUACAGCGAUUGCUGCAGGAGCAACUCCGAUAUGGCAACCCGAACGACAACCGCAACCUCCUCGCUCUGCACCAGCAAGCCACAGGCAACGUGCCUCCUUUUGCUGGCAAUGGGAACCCGGGGGCUCCCGGCGAAGGGCUGAGCUCCCAGGACCACCAGCUUGGGACCCAUGUGGCCCGCCAGGAGCCUCAGGGCCAGGAGAUUCAGCUGGACAACAGUGUCAUGGAGAAGCAGCUCUCCCCGAGGCUCCAGAAUAGCGAAGACCUCCCGACUUACGAGGAAGCCAAAGUCCAGUCUCAGUAUUUCAGGGGCCAGCCGCACGCCAGCGUUGGGGCGGCGUUUUACGUGACUGGCGUUUCCAAUCAGAAGAUGAGGACGGAAGGGCGCCCCACGGUCCAGCGUGUGAGCCCUGGGAAAGUCCACCAGGACGAGGGGCUGAAGGACUUGAAGCAAGGACACGUCCGCUCCCUGAGCGAGAGGCUGAUGCAGUUGUCAAUGGCCACAAGUGGCGUGAAGGCCCACGCCCCGGUCACCAGUGCCCCCCUCUCUCCACUCUCCCACCAGCAGACCAAUGACUUCUAUAAGAAUUCGGGGCCACCGGCCCCUCCGCAGCCAAACAUGAAAGGGAUGGAGCACAGGGGGCCACCCCCAGACUAUCCAUACAAAAAUAUGUCCGGCCCACCCAUGAGCUGCAAGCCACAGGACCCUGGGCACUUCUAUGGUGACCAUCGCUUGGCCCAGCAAAGCCGGUCGGACGGACCGAUGAUGAGGUACCAGCAUCCUCCAGAAUAUGGAUCGUUCAGGCAGAACCUAGACCUCCCAUUGCAACAGCAGCAGCCGUUUGUGCCGAGGCCCCCCCACCAUCACAGCCCGACGUCAUCGCUGACUUCCUUGGGUUCCCUGACGCUGGUCCAGUCCUUGCCGCCUUCCCGGCUGUCUCCUUCCCAGCACCAGCCUCCCCUGACCCCCAGCCAAGGAGAUCCUUUCUCUCUGCCACGGACCCAGCCGCUCUUCCUCUCCAACCAGAUCCACCAAGGAGAUCUCUACCGGCUUUGCCAACCCGUCAUCGGGCAACAGCAGCAGCAGCCACAUCCGGGGGAUUCGUACUCGGGGCUGCAGCGGCCUCCGCCAGCGCCGUCUCCUUACCAGCAGAUGCCGGUGGAUCCCUUCGUCAUUGUCUCCAGGGCUCAGCAGAUGGUGGAGAUCCUCUCGGAGGAGAACAGGUCUCUGCGCCAGGAGCUGGACGGAUGCUAUGAGAAGGUGGCCAGGUUGCAGAAGCUGGAGACGGAAAUUCAGCAGGUCUCAGAAGCCUAUAAAAACCUGGAGAAGUCGUCCUCCAAGCGGGAAACCCUGGAAAAGGCCAUGAGGAACAAACUGGAAGGAGAGAUCCGGAGGCUUCAUGACUUCAACCGGGAUCUCCGAGAACGCAUGGAUACAGCUAACAAGCAGCUGGCAGAGAAAGAAUUUGAAGGCUCUGAGGAUAAUAGGAAGACUAUCUCCCAGCUCUUUGCCCAAAACAAAGAAACCCAAAGGGAGAAAGAGAAACUGGAGGUUGAACUGGCAGGUGUCCGUUCCACGAAUGAGGAACAGCGGCGGCACAUUGAAAUCCGGGACCAGGCUUUGAACAACGCACAAGCCAAGGUGGUGAAGCUGGAGGAAGAGCUGAAGAAGAAGCAGGUGUAUGUGGAGAAGGUGGAGAAGAUGCAGCAAGCGCUGGUUCAGCUGCAGGCGGCCUGUGAGAAGCGUGAACAGCUGGAACAUCGGCUCCGGACUCGGCUGGAGAGAGAACUGGAAUCCCUCCGGAUGCAGCAGCGCCAGGGCACCUCUCAGCAAGCCUCCGUCUCAGAAUACAAUGCCACUGCCCUGAUGGAGCUCCUGCGGGAGAAAGAAGAGAGGAUCCUGGCACUAGAAGCAGACAUGACCAAGUGGGAGCAGAAGUACCUGGAAGAGAGCGUCAUGCGGCAGUUCGCACUAGAUGCCGCAGCGACUGUGGCUGCUCAGAGGGAUACUACUGUGAUCAGCCACUCGCCCAGCGCCAGCUAUGACACUUCCUUGGAGGCCCGGAUUCAGAAAGAAGAGGAGGAGAUUUUGAUGGCGAACAGGAGGUGUCUGGACAUGGAGGGCAGGAUCAAGACCCUCCAUGCUCAGAUCAUUGAGAAGGAUGCCAUGAUCAAAGUCCUCCAGCAGCGUUCCCGGAAGGAAGCCAGCAAGACGGACCAGCUGUCCUCCAUGAGACCGGCCAAGUCGCUGAUGUCCAUCUCGAACACGGGUUCGGGAUUGCUGUCCCAUUCCUCCACCCUGAGCAGCACCCCAAUCCUGGAGGAGAAGCGGGAGGACAAGAGCUGGAAAGGCAGCUUAGGCGUUCUGCUGGGAACGGAAUGCCGCUCCGAAUCCAUUCCUUCCACCCCUUCGCCAGUCCUUCCCUCUACGCCGCUGCUGUCCGCACACUCCAAGACCGGCAGCCGAGACUGUAGCACUCAGACUGACCGUGGCAGCGACCAGAACAAAACCUCUGCUGCCUCCGCCUCUGCCUCCACUACCCCUCCGGUGCAGGCAAGGCUCCCAGCUGUGAAUCUAACCUACAGUUUGGACAAAGCAGAUGGUUCAGUUUUCCAUUCCAGCACUCUAGAAAGAAAAAACCCAGCUCAAAAUCUGGGGCAGGACCUCAGCGAUGGAGAAAUGGUGGAGUAUCUCAUCUGAAGACAUGGCAAGAGGCUGGAGUAGCUGGGUACCAGAAAUUGUGUCUCUUCCCUCCCUCCGGUAUUUUUUUAUUUUAUUAACAAAUAGCAAAUUUUAGUAUCUGAAUCAUAAAGGAACCUACAGCGUUGUGCUGUUUGUAUAUACUUUUCUCUUACUAUGGACAGGUUAACUUAAAAUUUGUUCCAAAAUGAUUAGUUUUGUUCACUUUAAGAACCCUACCUUUUUUUAAGAAAGAAAGAAAGAAAGAAAGAUACUGGAUCUGGGAGAGCAUCUGGAUUAAACUAAACCAAGGUCUUAAAUGCACUAAAAAAUUUUAAAAUGUCAGUAUUUUUUUUAAAAAAAGCAAAGAAACAAGACUUGUAUUUAAGAAAGAUCCAUGUUUUUUGUGUCAGAUGUCCAAAAUGCCUUUCCAAAAGCCUCCGGGUUUCUCAGUCGCCAGACAAUGUCACGGUGCUGUCGCUUUCUGAGUGUGUCUUCAGAUAUUCCUGAGACUCAUUGUCUGAACCACCAAGUGAUAGAAAGAAACUGUCGCUUUAACACUCCUUCUAAAAGGGUGUCCGUUUUUACAAAAACAAGAAGCCUCCGCACACAUUCCAGAACAGAAGAAGAAUGGCUAGUAUUCUCUCCCAACUACUUAGCUAAGUAUAAAGUAGGAAUUCCACAGAGCAAGCCUUGAUUUUGCAAUUUUAUAUAAGGGACACCAUUUUGCUAUGCCAUUGUAUUUAAUGGGACUUGAGCAUCCACAGAUUUUGUUAUCCAUGGGGAGUCCUGGAACCAAACCUCAGUGGAUACCAAGGGACCACUGUACUUAAGUCCCUACUACCUGUCAUGGCCCAAGCCUGGUGGAAACGUCGUUUAUCCAUGCUCCGGUGGCCAACAAAAUGGCUCUCCUUCUCCCUAUGCGGUUGAGUUGCCUGGUGAAGUAGGCUGGUGGAGGAGUUACGAUCAUGGCAGUAGGGUUACGAUCACGGUUAAGUACCAGUUGUAAAUUUGGAACAGUUACGGGUGAGUAAAUCUAGGUAACUGUUCUGUAUUCUCGACUGCUACUUAGAUUGUGAAACUACCGUGGUCCCUCCACAUUCGCUGGGGUUGGGGGUGAAGGACCCCAAUUAAUAUUUAACUUUGUUAUAGUAAUUUUUAAUUAAUUUUAUAAUCUUGUUUGUGAUUUUAGAUUGUGCGUCGUAGGUGGCCCUUGUUUCUAUUUUGGAUUGAUGUUUUCUCUCCUUUGUAAAGCGCAAUGGCACUAUACAAAUAAAAGUAAUAAUGAUGAUAAUAAUAAUAAUAAUAAUAAUAAUAAUAAUAAUAAUAAUAAUAAUAAUGUGGAAAACCUGCAAAUAAACACUUCUCUAGGAAUCUCCAGGUCCUCCAAUACAACUCUAUGGUCAACGUCUGCCAGAGGUUAACCAUAGAAGCAUAUUGGAGGACCUAUAAAUGCCCAGAGAAGUGUUUUCGCUAGGAAGUUCUACAUUUUCCAGCACAACUCUAUGGUCAAGUUGUGGUAGAGUUGCGCUGGAGGACUUAGAGGGAGCAUAUUAAUCCAAACCACAAAAUACCAAAUUGGCAAAAGUCAAAGCCAGAAAUGUGGAGGGCCAGCUGUAUUGCCACAAUCUUAGCUCCUUCCCAUCAUAAUUUACAGGCCAUCAACUACAAGAGAAGGAGGUCUAGUCUGCCAGUGAUGAAAGUAUGAUGUUUCCAUCAGGUUUAAAGGAUUCAGGUCAGUCUAUGCAUCUGAGGAAGUAGACCAAGUCUAUGCAAGCUGAUGCUACAACUCCUUUUGCCCAGUUAGUCUCAAAGGUGCUACAAGAUCCCUUGUCAUGCUGAUACUCCAGACUAACACAGCUAUGUCUCUGAAUCAUACUUAGCUAAGUUGCUGAUGUAGAAUACUGGCCAGUAACAUUGAUGUCCACCAUGUGCCUACAACUUGGAUGUAGUUUCUUUUUCUCGUUCCUCUCGUCCUGUCCUUCUGUUGAAUAUUUUGAGAUGAAAGGAGGCUUUGCCAUUUCCCUAUACUGUAUGUCAAAGGGCUUUGCAAAAGCCUCACAGCGGGAGAAGGAAUAAUGGCCUCCAUUCAGCGUUUCAGUUCGCAAGCGACAUGAGUCCCGUUUUUUCUGUGGAGUUCCUUCCGUUGGAUUUGGUUGAGACCAAGUUCGUUCAGCUGGCUGGAUUGGAGGGAUUUUUGUACUGAGUUGAGCCGCUAAGGAAGGAAGGAAGGAAAGAAAGAAAGAAAGAAAGAAAGAAAGAAAGAAAGAGUGAAGCCUUGGUUCUUCCUGUGAACAUGCUGGAGACUUCUGAAUGCUGUAUUUUUCUCCUCUUUCCCCCCAAACGCUUUGAUUGUAAUCUGCUCAUUCCAGAAGACAACAACUUUCCUCUUCGGUGUAUAUUAAUAAUGUAAGACUUUAGUGCCUUACUCUAGAUAAGGGCUGGCAUCCUGUUGGCCACUGGCCUACUAGAGUUGUUCAAUGGUGAGCCAACAGAUUAAUCUCAUAAACUCAGUGGGUCUGCUUUAGUCAGGAUAAACAACAGGAUUUGGGCCAAUAGUUACAAUAGGAAUCAGCCAAUUGUUUAAGAAAUACUACAGGUUGGAAACCUCACACUUUCCUGGAACAUUCCUUCUGUCUUGCAAAGAAGGGUCUUUGAGAGAGAAUUUCUCUCUUCCUCUUCCUCCAUGGCUCUUAUCCUGGAGUUGACUUAGAAGAGGCAGAGAAAGCUGCUCUGAACAUCAUCCAAGAACCAGGUCCAAAUUGUGACAAAGAAACGCAAGGAAUGCAUCAUGUUCUGUAGUUAUGGGUAAUCUCUUUAAUAGGAAAAAAACCCCUCUAAUAGAAGGAAUUAUAGGUUGCAAUGGUGCAUCUGACCCUCUCCCAAAGCAAAAGGAAGGCUUGCAGGUUCUCCCCCAAAACGUGUUGGAAGGCUAGUGUUGUGUUUUCUUGCAGCGGUGACUCUUCUUCUGAACUGGGACCUUCUGGCUCAGAGUUUUAUUGGAUCGGUGCUUCUGAAUUAGCAGAAGGUGCCAGAGGAAGCAGGGCCUCCUGGGUUUGCAGUCGGCAUCCCUGGUGUUUGACAUAACCCUCUGCUAAGAAGUGCCUUGCGCCAGCCUCAUCAUUGUCAACUUUCUGUGUAAGGGAAUUACUUCCUCUGUUUCACCUCUUUUUUAUUUUGGGCUCUGCUGCUUUCAGGGAGCUUGGGAAGUUAGGACACGAACGGAUUCAGACAGGAAGCCAGUAGCCCCGGGACGUAACUUUUGCAGUUAUGUUGUAAGUUGUAACUACUUAAGGAAAACCAAACUGCACAUUUCUCCCAUUCUGUAAACUGCUUUGUACUGGAAUUGAGACAAGGAACUAUAAACUUGUGAUAACUUUUUGUUUUGUUUUUGGAGUUUGUGCUCGAACCAAACUUUUAGACUAAGAGUUUUAACACAAACUCGGAUAUUAGAAGCAGUGCUGUAGAAAGACUUUGUGUAAAGGAAAACUAUGUAGUCCUUUUCUGGGAAUGAAUCUGUGGACGAUGGACGCUCCAGGCAUCUUACCCGCAGCCGCUUUCCAUUGGGACCAGAAGGUUUGGGAAAGCGCUGCUGGGAGGAGGAUGCCAAGCGCCUUCACGUUUCCAGCUGUCUUGGGACUUUGCAGAAAUCUAAACACGUGGAAUGUGUCUCAUCUUUGCUUGGUGCCUCGAUAUAUCCCUUCUCCACUUGUAUAGGAACAUGCGCGUUUUGUAUGUCUAGAAUGUAAACCUCAUGAUAAUGGUAACUGUAUUGUAUUUAUGAAGAAAAUACAUCUCUUUCUGAAGA